AUGCAUCCGUUCACAGCAUACGCCAUCGGCGUAGCCAUCGUUUGCUUCCUUGUAUACACGCUCAUUGAUAUCGUCUCAAAGUACAACGCCAAAUACAACUGUCGUGGACUACCUGGGCCGGCAUUGAUACCAUGGGUCGGACGUAUUCACGACCUGCCCAUUGACUUCAUGUGGCUCAAGUUUAAGGAAUGGGCCGACACGUACGGACCGAUUUACCGAACAAAGAUGCUGGGAGCAAAUUUCGUGAUCAUCUCGGAUGAGAGUAUUGCCGAGGAUCUUCUGAUUAAAAGAGCGAAGGUUUACUCCGAUCGUCCUGAGAUCAAGUCACUGUUCGACGCGAAGAGCACUUAUGGAUCCAUGGAAUACCUCCCUCUUAUGGGCAAGAACCAGUACUGGGCCCGUCAGCGCAAGUUCACCCACUCUUAUCUGACCGAGUCGACAAACGCCAGGUACUACGGCAUCAUGGAGUUCGAACAGAAGCGAUGGCUGCAGCGCCUUGUCGAGAACCCGGACGACUUCUGCUUUUCCCUCGAAGACAUGUGCUCUAAGGUUAUGGCCACCUUAACUUGGGACAACCAUGACAUCAGUAUACCCUUGACACCAAGCGCCUGGGGUCUUCUCACACAGAUGUCACCGGCUGGCCCCAUUACCAAUGUUCUGACACCUCUCUGGGACUGGCUACCUGAGCCCAUCAACCCUUGGAAGCUUCGUGAGCGCAAGCGCCACGAUGACCAGCAGGAGCUUUUCAUGAAGAGUCUCGUCGACAUCCGCAACAAGAUGGAGAAGGGCAAGCAGCGACCAUGCUUCACCAAGACAUAUCUCGAGACCGCCGAGAAGACCAACAUCUCCGGCGACUACGAGGCGUCUUGCGUGCUGGGUAUGAUGGCUCUUGUCGGUAUCUUCACGGUCACAGGGCCCAUCUACUACUUCUUGAUCGCCAUGGUUCACCACCCGGAGUGGCAGAAGAAGUGUCAGGAUGAGAUCGAUGCCGUCUGCGGAAACAACCCUCCCACAGUCGCCGAUAUGCCCAAUCUUCCCAUCCUACGCGCGUGCAUCAAGGAGACCAUGCGCUGGAAGCCUACUGUCCCAACGGGUGUUGCUCACGAAUGUGAAGCUGAUGACUGGUAUGGUGGGUACUUCAUCCCCAAAGGUACACGCAUUUUGCCGCUCGACUAUGCGUUCCUUCGCAACCCUGUCAAGUACCCUGACCCAGAGUCUUAUCGACCUGAGAGGUGGCUCGAAGAGGGUUGGCCAACAUUCCAGGGGCCGCUGACGAAAUUUCCUAUGAUUACCGGUAUGUCGUCGUUUGGCUGGGGACAGCGUCAAUGUCUUGGCAUGUCGAUUACCCGCGACGAAACCAUCACUGGCUGCGGCGGUCUGAUGUGGGCUUUCAACCUGAGGAGGAAGGUUGACCCCGUCACCAAGAAGGAGAUUGAAGUUCCUUUGAACAAGUCGAACUCGCUCCUUAUCAUCAAGCCCGACGCCUUCGAGAUGGCUUUCGAGCCAAGAAGUGGGAAGAGGAAGGCUGAGGUCGCUCAGCAGUGGAGAGACGCCGAGGCAGCGGAUGCUGCAGAGCGCACAGCAUUCCUCAGAGCUGCAGAAGCAAAGGAGGUGCUAAUUUAA